GAGCCUCACUGUUCAUCGUUCCUGCCGAGUGGAUGCUGGCAGGAGUGCCACUCGCAGAACAUAGAUAAAACCCACUGGAGGGCUGCAGAGCACCCACAUCAACUGAGAAUACACAGGUCUACCCUGACUCCCCCUCCCUCCUCUUCCUUCCCCUCUCUUGCUGUCUCCAUCAGUUUUGCACUCAGUUUUGCUGGCAGGCAGUCGUUCCAUCGCACCUCACCGAGGCACUUUCCAGCAGCUUCUUAUUUUUUCCACCAGUGACAAUGCUGAGACUUGGGGAGAAAUGGAUGAGGCUGGUCUGCUUUUCCCUUCUGUGUCUGUGGCUCUGCCUGCCAAGGGAAUCCUUUGCCAGGAGAGCCUCCAAGGUACCCCGCUGCCCUGCAACCUGCUCCUGCACCAAAGACAGUGCCUUCUGUGUGGACACCAAGACCAUCCCCAAAAGCUUUCCUCCUGGGAUCAUCUCUCUGACGAUGGUGAACGCAGCCUUUCAAACAAUCCCAGAGGGGGCUUUCUCGCACCUUCACCUGCUGCAGUUCUUGCUCCUGAACUCCAACACUUUCACCACUGUUGCUGAUGAUGCUUUUGCUGGUCUAUCCCACCUCCAAUACUUGUUCAUUGAGAAUAAUGAUAUCCAGAGUUUGUCCAAGCACACAUUCAGAGGGCUCAAAUCCUUAACUCAUCUGUCUCUGUCAAACAACAACCUGCAGCACCUGCCCAGAGAUCUCUUCAAACACUUGGAAAUCCUGACAGACCUAGACCUGCGAGGGAAUUCGUUCCGCUGUGACUGUAAGAUCAAGUGGUUGGUGGACUGGAUGGAGAAAACCAACACGUCUGUUCCUGCCAUCUACUGUGCCAGCCCCUUUGAGUUCCAAGGUCGCAGGAUCCAUGAUCUCACACCCAGAGACUUCAACUGCAUCAGCGCAGAUUUUGCUGUCUAUGAAACGUUCCCCUUCCAUUCUGUGUCUGUGGAGUCCUACGAGUUCAGUGAGGAUCAGUUUGUUGUUUUUGCUCAGCCCGACUCAGGGUUUUGCACGCUGUAUGUUUGGGACCAUGUGGAGAUGGUCUUCAGGAGCUCCCACAACAUUACAUCUCGCUCUGCCGUGUACUGCAAGCCUGUGGUGAUCAACAACACUCUCUACAUGGUUGUGGCUCAGCUAUUUGGAGGAUCUCAUAUAUACAAGUGGGAAGAGGAUCCCCAGCGCUUCAUAAAGAUCCAGGACAUCGACACAAGCCGUGUGAGGAAGCCCAACUUUGUGGAGACCUUCAAGUUGGAUGAAGAGUGGUACUUUGUGGUUGCUGACAGCUCCAAGGCAGGCUCCACCAGCAUUUACCGCUGGAACAGCAACGGCUUCUACUCCCAUCAGUCCCUCCAUCCCUGGCAUCGGGACACCCACGUAGAGUUCCUGGACGUGGGGGGAAAGCCUCAUCUCAUCCUUUCAAGUGCGUCUCAGACACCAGUGGUUUACCAAUGGAACCGAAGCCAAAAGCAGUUUGUCUUCCAUUCCCAAAUAACAGAGGUGGCUGAUGUUCAGAUGGUCAAGCACUUCUGGGUGAGGAGAGCGCUCUACCUUUGCCUCACCCGCUUCAUCGGUGACUCCAAGAUCCUCCGCUGGGAAGGCCAGCGUUUUGUAGAGAUCCAGACUCUCCCAUCUCGGGGUUCGAUGGCAGUCUAUCCCUUCUCUGUGGGCCUCCGCCAGUACCUCAUUCUGGGAAGUGAUUUCUCCUUCUCCAGGGUAUACUUGUGGGAUGAUCUCACCCAGCGCUUUCAGCCCUUCCAGGAGCUCAACAUGAGAGCCCCAAGAGGGUUCAACCUGGUAUCUGUGGAUGACAAGGACUUCCUUCUGUCUGCCAGCUUCAAAGGAAAUACCCUGGCUUACCAGCACCUGGUGGUGGAUCUCAGUGCCAAAUGAGAAUAUGACGUGUUUCGUUAUAAAUAGAAAAUGUACCAAAUAAGACUGCAAAGUGUUUAAGCCAUGUGACUAAAUGUUUGCUGAGACAAAUAAUGUAACGAUUGUUCUAUUUUUAUGCACUGUUAACAUCUGAAUGAAAUCCCAUUUUAACAGGUGUCGCAUCACUGUUUGUGCUCAGCCACAGAAAGUGCACUGUCAUCUUUGGCUGCUGUUAAAUGUACAGAACUGACAUGUGUGUGAUCAGCAUGUAUGUAUGUUGACAAAAUGAGUCCCUGAAUCAUCAAAGUAACACAGUCUAGAUGUUUCUGUUAUACAGUGAAUGAGGAAUUUUGUUGCAUGAUUCUGUGUAACAAGCUAACAGGAUUUAAUAUUUUCUUUUUGUAUGUUAAGAGUUCUAUGAGUUUUGGAUUGUUAUAAUUGUUCUGCAAAAUUAAAAAAAACAAAACAAAACGGAU